GGGCAUAUACCACGUUUCUGACGGGUGAACGACGAAGAAGGGAGAAGAACGUUAACGGACCGCUAGCCAUGGCUCCGAUAAAGCUAAUCGGCAAACCGGCGAACUACCGUCUCAGCCGCGAGGACAAAAUGAAGGUACCGUGCAGGCCCCGCCAGCCCCACCGGGCAUUGUGUGCGCACCUGGCCUCGAGUACUUGGGGUCGCUUGAUCAAAUCAUAAUACGACAGCGAGUGCAAGUACUCGAAGGUAUUUCGCGUUGCGAAAGACGCAACAGGUACGUUGCGAUGAACUCCAUGGCACAAGUUAUCUACAAUAUGGCUGAAUAUUCUGACUGUUGUGAACGGUUUUGUCACGGGAAUGCGCGUAGCUUCGAGAUGGACGUCUUGGACUACAGGGACGCCGUCGUGAUGCAUUUCGUGCGGCCCCUGAGAUGCAUGAACCCGUGGUGUGGUUGCCGCCGCCAAGUGCGCAGUACCAAUGGCGUCUUCAUAAGCAAGAUCACCAAGCACUAUGGUGGGCUCCUCAAGGAGGUUUUCACGGAAGCCGACACUUUCGGCGUCACAUUCCCAUUGGACUUGGAUGUGAACUACAAGGGCGCCCUCAUCGCGGCCACCCUGCUCAUCGACUACCUGUUCUUCCAACUAUGAAACGGGUAGAGCGACGACCGUCAGCCCGGAGUGUUUGCGUGAUUCGGCUGAAAGGGACCAGAAAACGGCCAUUUUUGUGUUCAACGAGGUGGAAGCCUUAGAUGGGCUCAGGGGUCGGCGACCACUCGGCGUCAUGGCACCAAAAUUCAAGCGCAUGCGCCAGUAAGCCGUCGAUUUAUUUAUCAAUAAAAGAGCUCGAUUAUCUCUGUA